ACAGGAGGAAAGAAGAGCAGUGUUGGUGGUUGAGAAGGAACGCUCAGAUUGGUUGCUGGAAAAAGGCAAAUCAGCAAGUCUUCUCAAAGGCAUUGAUCGGCUGAAACAAAAGACGGAAGGCUCACCGUCACGUCUCCUGGGAGCGUCAAGAUAUCUCAUCUUACCCCUAAACUAUCAGGAGGCAUCGGGAGAAAGCCUAGACAGCUGCUGUGACGAGCUAACAAGUCACUGAGACUGUAAUCGCUAGCUCAAGAAAUAUACUAAAAAACAAGAUCAACAUACCCAGCAACAAGAAUUCGUUCACAGGAUUUCUCUUUCAAAUUGUUAUUUCUGUGGCCUGUGUAGCUUGGUCAACAGCAGUGCACCUCGAGACAGCACCUCUGCACAGUCCUGGAUUGGUUUAUCCAAAGAUGGACGAGCACAGCAUGGCGUGCGUUCCUCCUUUUCCAUGCCAGCCUGUUCAGCGCAUCUCCUUCGAUGAUCCAGCUGUGAUAGAUUUUCUUAGAAGAUACUGGGACGAAGAGAAGAAUGCAGGGCAAUACGAAUACACACCACCAACAUCGAAGAUUCAGCAGUCUCAUGCGGGAAGAAGGCAUUACCUACAGCAGAUGUUGGUGACAGGAAUGGGAGAGAGGAUUCUAGACGAUUUUAAGCAUGUUGACUGGGGCACUGUGUACGGGUGGAAAGCGCAGUUGGGGUUUGGUGAUUUGACGACCAAUCUUCUGCUGGUUGGAACGACGGGCCAUGUGACCCCCGCACACUAUGACGAGCAACACAACUUCUUCUGCCAGCUUCAGGGACGGAACCCGGCCGAGUGGGGGAAGAUGUAUCCGUUUCCUCUCCAUCAUGCAUGUGAUAGGCAGUCCAUGGUGGACGUGUUUCGGAUGGGUUGGCCAACGUUGGACAACAAUGGAAAUUAUUUCGGUCAGAUGCCCAGCCACGAUCGAAUGCUCUUUCCAAACUUCGAUCGAGCCUCUGGAUAUGAGGCCAUCGUACAUCCCGGUGAGAUGUUGUAUAUUCCAAGCUACUGGUGGCAUCAUGUGAUCAACCUGGAAGAGACUGUCAGCCUGACGUUUUGGUUCAAAUGUCCUCCUGUUGGCGACCUUCGCCUGCCCAUUUCACAAGUACAACGAGUUGCGCUGAGGCGGAACAUUGAGAAUAUGUUCGGAAGCAUGCUGGGCAAUCGCAACGUGCAGGGACUCAUGCUGAAUCUGCUGCAUGGAGCACUCACGCCCGAACAGACGAGAGCGGUAGAGGAAGUGAAGAAGCUUUUGCGGCAUGUUUUACCUCCUGAGGAAAUCAGCGCAUUUCUGCAGGAGCUUGCGAGCAAUCGAUUUAAUCUUCCAGUGAGAAUGUGAUACUUUUCAACUUG